AUGAUUCAGUUUGGAAACACUUGCUAUUGCAAUUCCGUCAUACAAGCACUGUACUUUUGUCGACCAUUUCGGGAAAAAAUUCUGCAGUAUAAGCAGCAGUUGAAGAAAUCAGAAUGUGGUUUUUAUAAUUCCACUGUUCUUUUCCGUUACUCUGGAAGUUUUAGGAAGCCAAGAAGGAGAACCUUAGCAACCUGUCUUGCUGAUUUAUUCCACAAUAUAGCCACACAGAAACGUCGCGUAGGCACUAUUGCCCCAAAACGCUUUAUCACUAAAUUGAAGAAGGAAAACGAGUUGUUCGACAACUAUAUGCAGCAAGAUGCCCACGAGUUUUUAAACUAUCUUCUUAACACGGUAUCCGAGACUUUGAUAGAGGAGAAAAAUGCCGAGCGUGAUCGUUUACUAAGGAAUGGAACCCUUCGCAAAGGAACACUAAAUACCGACAGAGGGCGCGACGAAACUAGCGGGUACGCAUUUUCCGUCUCUUCUUGCUAA